AUGAUCCACUUUGUUGUCGUAUCAUCUGACCUUCGACCGCCCGUCUCGGACACUCGGGAGAGCUACUCCCAGGUCCCAGAGGAGGAGAGCUACUCCCAGGUCCCAGAGGAGGAGAGCUUCUCCCAGGUCCCAGAGGAGGAGAGCUACUCCCAGGUCCCAGAGGAGGAGAGCUACUCCCAGGUCCCAGAGGAGGAGAGCUACUCCCAGGUCCCAGAGGAGGAGAGCUACUCCCAGGUCCCAGAGGAGGAGAGCUUCUCCCAGGUCCCAGAGGAGGAGAGCUACUCCCAGGUCCCAGAGGAGGAGAGCUACUCCCAGGUCCCAGAGGAGGAGAGCUACUCCCAGGUCCCAGGGGAGGAGAGCUUUUCCCAGGUCCCGGCGGAGGAGAGCUACUCCCAGGUCCCAGAGGAGGAUAGCUUCUCCCAGGUCCCGGCAGAGGAGGAGAGCUACUCCCAGGUCCCAGAGGAGGAGAGCUUCUCCCAGGUCCCAGAGGAGGAGAGCUACUCCCAGGUCCCAGAGGAGGAGAGCUAG